AUGAAGUACCAUCGUCUUGCUUCCCUGGCCCUCGUUGCCUUGAGCACGAGCACCUCUGUCUCUGCGGCCCCUCUUAAAGCCGACGACAAUGGAUCUUGUCCGGCUGGGUACUCCCCAAGCGUGUACUAUAUCACUGUCACCGCGGAGCCCUCCACCUCCAUCAUCGAGCCAACUUCAUCUCCAACCCCAACCUCGACUGAGGUGACAUCUUCGACCACGGCCACUGCUACCGUCGAACCAGUCUCUACCUCGGGCUCUAUCUCAAGCUCUGCAUCAGGCCUCGUCGAGACAAUCCCCGCGGCCGUUGUGAAGGCAGCUACUAGCAGCACCACCACCACCGAGGUCCCAACUUCGACCUCAAGCCUCUCCAUCACCGAGACCGCACCAACCCAGGUUGCCGUCGUGCAGCCCAGCACCACAUCCGCAGCAGAGAAAGCGUCAAGCACCUCGACUACCGCCUCCAGCUCAACAAGCACAAGCACAAGCUCGGCCACCACCUCCGGCGAAGCAACCUUCUACGGCGGCAACGUCUCCGGCGGAACCUGCUCGUUCGCCGACUACACCAUCCCCUCGCAUCUCUCGGGCGUCGCAUUCUCCGGAGAGGCAUGGAACGACGCAGCCGAGUGCGGCGCCUGCGUUGCCGUCACCGGCCCAGACGGGAACACCGUCAAGGUCAUGAUCGUCGACAAGUGCCCCGAAUGUGCCCCAACCCACCUCGACCUCUUCGAGUCGGCCUUCACGACCCUCGCCUCAGCCUCAGAAGGCCAGAUCCCCAUCUCGUACUCCUUCACCUCCUGCGCCAUCACCUCCCCGCUCGUGCUGCGUAACAAGUCCGGCACAUCCGCGUACUGGUUCUCGAUGCAGGUGGUUAACGCGAAUGGGCCCGUCAAGGCGCUCGAAGUCAGCACUGAUAGCGGUAGCACGUGGCAGAGCACGACGAGGAGCGACUACAACUACUUUGAGAACAGCAGUGGCUUUGGCACCGAUAGCGUUGAUGUCAGGGUUACUGGUGCCGAUGGCGGCGUCAUCACUGUGAAGAAUGUCAGCGUGGCUUCUGGGGAGAGUGUGACGGCUGAUGGGAACUUCUGA